AUGAAAAUGAGCCCUACAGAAUUAGGAAGGAUGGCUUCUGUGCUACAAGCUAUUGCUUCUAGUGAUGAGAAUUCUGGAUUUACUCCAAAUGAGGCAGCAGAUUUCCGUUUCUUUGUGCAAAAACUUCAGGAAACUGGCUUUUUCUGA